UAGUAUUCAACCACAGACAAACAACAGACUAAAUUAUGGCCAAUCCUUUUUUGAUGGACGACGACCUGGAUGGAGGUGACAUGGCCGCCAAUCCAUUUCUCAUGCAAUCUGAUCCGGAAUCGAGCUCAGAUAAUCCCUUUGGAGCAGCUACUGGUGUUUCAAAUCCCUUUGCCUUUGGUGGCGAUGAUCUCGAAACGGGGGCGGAACCGGAGGCCGAUGCAGCUCACGGUAAUGAUCUUGACCCUGCAAUGAGUUUCUUUGGGACCACGAUUGAGGCGGAGGACGAUGCGUUGAGUUUGAAGUCAGGUGCCGAGGAGGAGGACGAGGGCGUCAAGAAACUACCCCAAUCGCAGGCACAUGUGCACCCGCCUCCUCCACGCCCCCAGGCUCCUCCCCAGAGUACCCAAGAUCUAAUUAGCACGGUUUCCAAUCAGUUAGAGGAGACCAGUUCCGAGCUACUAGGUCGCAUUCCCGCCACCCGAUCUCCUAGUCCGGUUUCGAUGCGAGACCUGCACUCGCCGAGUCCCACUCCGGACUCUGGCCUCGCUGAUCUGCUGGAUGUAUCCGUGGAUAGCGGAUCGAGUGCCCAUACUCAAGGCAUGGAUGUGGAUUUGAUUGGGGUAGUUGCAGGAGGUGUUCCCUUGGAUAAUCCCUUUGCAGUGCCGACGGCGGUGCCUAAUAUACAGGCGGCAGCGCCACUGCCAGCCACGCCAGUAAAACAACCUCCACGCCCACCACCCCCACGGCCCGCUCCGCCACGUCCGGCGCCCCCAGGUCAGAUGGCGCCCCAAAGACCUCCGCCACCGGUAACUGCAGCUACUCCAGGGCCAGACGCUGCGGAAGCGGAUGAUCUUCUAGACAUGUUUGGCACUACGUCGAGCAAGCCGGUCAAGCCGCCGCCACCCAAGUCUAAGGAAGAUAUACUGAGUCUCUUCGAACAACCACAAGCACCGCCAGCGCCCAAACCGGAUUUACUUCAUGACGAUCUACCCGAGACGAAGGCGCAGGAUGUGCCGCCGGAACAGGUGGAGCCCGACGAGGACCAAAGGGAUGGGACUACCUCACGGGAUGAGCCGGUAUUCACUUCCCUUCUUAUACGACCAGAUGAGAGUACCCAUGACAUAACAUCCCAACCGCAGGCGGCUACGGGCUUGGAACGGCAUGCGAAUCACAUGGCGGCGCCGCCGGAAACGGCCAGCAGACAGAGGGCGCCCACGCCAGAUAUCGAGAUCACUACGGUAGAGGAUCUUCCGCGUUCCGAUGAUGAGGAUGAAGUGGAUGUUAAGCAGGCUCCGGACGCGGAAGCAGAACCUAAAAUUGAGCAGGAAACAGAAGCCGGGAUUAUCUCUGAUUACAGCCCGCCAACGGAAUCACUAAUUACUACCCAGGCCGCUUUGCCCGAUGACGAUCCAGUGGCUAGUGAACCCGAGCCGGAGCAAAUGGACACCGGUCUGGACUUUCCGUUGGCCACCAGUGACCUGGCUAGUGGUCAGUUGUCCGCUAACCCCUUCGCCAGCCCUGAAGAAGAAGAAGAACCGAGCUUCGCCCCCGUUCCCGUGGCAGUGGCCAAUAUUUUUGCCGUCGACUAUGUGGAGCCGGAAGUGGAGCUUCCGCAGACGGAAGUUUCUCCCAGUUAUACUGCAAAUAUCUUUGCAGCCGAGCCAGACGAAUUCGACGCCUUCUCGGCCAAGUUUGACUCGGUGAAGAAGGACAACAUCAGCAUACUUGAUGGUUUUGGGGGAUCAGGAGCGAUAACGCCCACGGGCGGAGAUGCUUGGGGGGACAGUGCUUUUGGCUCGGCUACGAUCUCAGCGAAUGCGUUUGGCGACACCAACUCAGCAGACGAUGGAUUCGGCAAUGAGGACGACGAUUUCUAUGCGAUGCAGGCGCCCGCUCGCGCGGAUUCCGUGGAAUCGGUGGACAAGGAGUUUAGCGUGGUCAUCCGCCCGAAGGCGGAGGGAACUGAAGUUGUGGCUCCCCAACUGGCGCCACCACCACCGCCGGCGCGUGUUGCCAACCAGGCACAAACUGUAAAUCCUUUUGAAGAUGUCAGUGGCUUUCCGGCUCCAGGCCCACCACCAACCGAUGGAACCGCCAUGAAACGUUCGGACUCGCAAGAUACGCCACAGACACCACUGUAUGACGAGGAUGUAUCGCAGCCACUGGAGGAGUUCCCACGACUUCAUUAUGUGGGCCCCGGCUGGGAGAUGCAGUUACGUCAGCCCAACAAGAAGAAGAUCACCGGACAACGAUUCUGGAAAAAGAUCUUCGUCCGCCUGGUGGUACAGAACGACGUUCCGGUGGUCCAGUUGCUCAACCAGGCAGGCGACAAACAGCCCUUCCAGGAACUGCCAUUACAGCCCUCGUAUUCUGUGUCGGAGAUUGGGGCCCAGCAGUACGACCAGUUCGGCAAGAUAUUCACGAUGAAGCUCCAGUACAUUUUUUACAAGGAGCGACCCGGCGUAAGACCCGGCCAGGUGACCAAGGCGGAGCGGAUCACCAACAAGCUGACGAAGUUCGCACAAUACGCCAUAGCUGGUGACUACGAGGGCGUCAAGGAGUUUGGAAGCGAUCUAAAGAAACUGGGUCUGCCCGUUGAGCAUGCGCCCCAGUCUUCCCAGCUCUUCAAAAUCGGGUCGAUGAACUACGAAGAUAUGAAGCAGUUCUCCAUUUGCAUCGAGGAAGCGCUGUUUAAGCUGCCUGCGCUGCGGGAACGAGCGUUAACCUACAAAAUGGAAGAGGUCCAGGUGACCGCCGUGGAUGAGAUCACUGUGGAGCAGGACUUCGAGGGAAAGAUUCUCAAGCAGAUUGCCCGGGUGCGACUCUUCUUCCUCGCCUUCCUCACCGGCAUGCCAACCAUAGAGUUAGGCGUGAAUGACAUGUGGCGGCAGGGGAAGGAGGUCGUCGGCCGGCACGACAUCAUCCCGGUGGCCACCGAGGAGUGGAUCCGGCUGGAGGCCGUUGAGUUUCACAGUGUGGUCAAUCAGCAGGAGUACGAGAGAACGCGCACCAUCAAAUUCCAACCGCCCGAUGCCAACUAUAUUGAAUUGCUGCGCUUCCGUGUGCGUCCGCCCAAGAAUCGUGAACUUCCGCUGCAGCUGAAGGCCACCUGGUGUGUCACGGGCAACAAGGUGGAGUUGCGAGCUGACAUCCUGGUGCCGGGAUUCACGUCCCGCAAGCUGGGACAAAUACCCUGUGAGGAUGUCUCGGUGCGCUUCCCCAUUCCCGAAUGCUGGAUCUAUUUGUUCCGCGUAGAGAAGCACUUUCGAUACGGUUCGGUCAAGUCCGCACAUCGGCGAACUGGCAAGAUCAAGGGAAUCGAGCGGAUACUGGGUGCUGUAGACACGCUGCAGGAGUCGCUGAUCGAGGUGACCUCGGGACAGGCCAAGUAUGAGCAUCAUCAUCGGGCCAUUGUGUGGCGUUGUCCGCGUUUGCCCAAGGAGGGUCAGGGCGCUUAUACCACGCAUCAGCUAGUCUGCCGUAUGGCCCUUACUUCAUAUGACCAGAUUCCAAGCGAACUGGCGCCAUACGCAUUCGUGGAGUUUACUAUGCCCGCCACGCAGGUCUCGCAUACCACCGUGCGCUCCGUGAGUGUCCAGGAUUCGGAUGCCGAUGAGCCGCCGGAGAAGUACGUCCGCUACUUGGCACGGCACGAGUACAAGGUUGGCAUCGAGACCACGCACGGCGAGUCCACGAACGCGUAUCUGGCGGCAACUCGUCCAAUUCGCGAGGAGCCACCAAGUACGGCCAUCAAGUCGACUGCAUCCCCGGUUCCGCCCAGCGAUUCGGACACCGAUUCUAACUAAGCUGGAACUGCUGAGCUACUGAAAUGGAAAUCCAAAUUCCGAAGUGAAUUGAACGGCAGUUCACCCAGUCAGCUUUCUGUAGAUAUUCCACGUUCAUGGUUUUCCCAAUCGUUCUUGUUAUAUACUUAUUUUACAAUACACUAGAUAUAUCUGGCCCCUAAUAUAUAUAUUUUUGUGUGCUUCUGCCGCAAUUUUUCCCUCUAGCUUUUGCAGCGGGUUCAUCGCGUUCGGUUUAGGUAAAGAUUAGUUGACAAUAAGGUUAAGUGCAGCAAGAGAAGUGUUUGAAGAUUACGAAGCAGGCGAAUAAAGGAACACUGUGUAAAAAGCCAAAUGAUCGAAGACCGAGAAGAGCUGAUGGAUCUGUGGACAUGUCAACGGAGGGAAAGACAGCUGAAGCGUCUUUGGUACCCUAUAUCCUACAAACCACAAAGCCACAGCCACACCAUUAUGAACUAACCUGUUAAAGUUAAUUGAUAUCAGACCACAAUCGUACGUAAAACAACCCAUACAUAUGCAAAGGGAUAAUUGUUAUAAUCUCAAGACACAAUCAUACUCACGCGAAGCAUAUAUUCGAUAACUGAUGUAAUCUGAAAGAAGCAUGAAGCCAGGGUAAUAAAAAGCAAUUUCACAUUCAGCAUUCGAAAAGCAAGGGCUCAAGUGCACAUAUGGGUGGCCACUAUUUAAACGAGCUGCCAGCCUCACAUAGGAGUAAUCAGCGCUGCGUAAUCAGUCCCAGCAGCCAAUAUCGCAUAAUGUUAACCAACUGUUGAGUUCUGGUACAAGACACCGGCUUCGAAUAGGAUAAUUAAAACAGGAGCAAUAUGCCAGUUGUAGACGACGUAACCAACCCUGGUCAGAUUACAUAUGUAUGUUGGAUGUGAAACUUAAAACUAUCCAUAGCCAUCAGAUACACUUUAAGCCCUAUGUAUACCAACUGAUUUAACGAUAUAUUUAGAGAUGAAUUCAGAACUCCAAGCGAAAGCAAAAACCUAAAUGGAAAUGCAUAUUCAAAUGUUAUUGUUGUGAAUCAAAUUAAAUUAUAUUCAAACUAAACUACAGUAAAGGAAAACAGUAUAGGCAAAUCAUAUUUGUUAAAAAAAAGUAAAUUAAAGUGAACGAGGACACUAAAAGUAAAAGUUAAACAUAACGUUAUGAAUAUAACUAUAUGCCAUACAUAUUGAUUGAUAACUGAUUGAUUUAUUGAGUUUAAUAGGAAGAUUGCUUAAAAUUAGAUUUGUUAAUUACGUGUUAAAAGAAUAUAUUAUACACCCAGCCUAACCACAUCCUCAAAAUUUGCCUAUUACGACUUCUUCUCCCCUCCAUAACUGCAAAUCCAUAUUCCAUGUCAGACCCCAAUCCUACGAAGACAAAACGACUCGCAAUGAAACAACAAAUAAAUAUUAAUGGAGAACGUGUAUAUUGUACCCUUAAGAAAUGAAUCUUCAUUCUUGUAUUACGUACGUUGCCAUAUGGACCUACGUUUAUUUCCUUUUAUCGUCUAAAACAUUUGAUUGUAUGUACAAUAAAAAAGAAGGAACCCCAUGUAAACAAACCGAUCGGGUGACAAACACUCUAACAUGUUAUAUUUAUAUAUUAAUUAUACAACAAUCGACGUUCCCUACGCUGUGUGCUUUCGAUUCGUGUCGGAUUGACGACAUGUACUGCACUGGGAUCGGUCGUUAUUAUACAAAUAUGCGGCGCAAGCUAAUGGUAUUAACAAAUAAACUAAAUACAAUAUAAUAAAUUAUUAUAAACCUGACAGAAGAAAAUGCAUUAUGGUGGAAUAGUAUCUUGUCAAAUGAGAAAAUAAAUAUUGAGACAACAAAUAUGAAGCAA